AUGGACAGUGCCGUUGUGGCGCUAACAAAUAUGAAUUCCAAAUUCCAAAUCAGUGAACCUUCAUGGUAUGAUUGGGCUGUCGCCCAAAGCACUGAUCCCGACACGGCCAUUAUCUAUGACCACCAGCUCAACGGCGAGUAUCACCCUACGGAUAACGACCAUCGUGAGUCCUCUGAGACCACCAGAAUUCUACGGAAUCUGUGGGCGCAGCUUUAUAUGAACAAUGACCUGCUCUUUUUCAAGGACGAUAUCAACACGUCGCCAUGCUUAGUAAUCCCUGGGAGUAUGGUCCUACCCGUUCUGAGCGACUUACACCACGACUUGGGUUAG